UCUAUAUCGUGUCCUCUAGGGGGCUCCUGCUAUGUCUAACUGGCAUUAGCAUAGACAUAGUCUCACCUUUGUAAAAUGUUCUUUAAUCUCCUUAAUUUUCGUAUCUUUCUUCUUUGAUUCGUGUAAAUUUCGGUACAGUGACAAGUAGUAUGGCCGAGUUGAUUUUAGAUCCAAACAUUAGAGGAUGGGUGUUUUUACCUAUCGUUGUGAUUACGUUCCUUGUAGGCAUUAUUCGGCAUUAUGUUUCGAUAUUACUUGCCUCGCAGAAAAAGGUUGAGCUUCACCAAGUACAAGACAGUCAAGUGAUGAUACGUUCUAGACUGCUUAGAGAAAAUGGUCAAUAUAUUCCAAAAAUGGCAUUUAUUAGUAGAAGACAUUUUUUUAACAAUGAAGAAACGGGAUAUUUUAAAACGCAAAAGCGUGCUCCUGUAUCGCAAAAUCCGAUGACAGAUCCUAAUAUGAUGACAGAUAUGUUAAAGGGAAAUGUAACUAAUGUUUUACCAAUGGUACUGAUAGGUGGUUGGAUUAACUGGAUGUUUUCUGGCUUUGUUACCACUAAAGUACCAUUUCCUUUGACAUUACGUUUCAAACCAAUGUUGCAACGUGGUAUAGAAUUAGCUACACUUGAUGCUGCAUGGGUUUCAUCUGCAUCUUGGUAUUUCCUUAAUGUAUUUGGAUUACGUUCCAUUUAUACACUUGUUCUUGGAGAAAGCAAUGCUGCUGAUACCUCCAGACUUCUACAAGAUCAAGUGUCUGGUGCUGCAAUGUCUAUGCCACCAGAUCCAAAAGCUGCUUUCAAAUCUGAAUGGGAAGCAUUGGAAAUAUAUGAACAUAAUUGGGCACUGCAGGGAGUUGAAGCAGAUCUUAUAGGAUCUCAAAGAUCAGAAAUAAGUGAAAAUCAAUAUACGUGAAUAUGAACAAUGAUAAAUUUUAUUACUUUGUAAUUUUAAUAAUAUUUUGUAUCUUAUAGGUAGCAAAUAAUAAAUAUUACAUCUACAUCUAUAGAUAUAGCAUGUGCCAUUUUGGAAAGAUGAUUGAAGUUCCAAGAAGUUGUUAAAUAAAUUAAUAGUUCGAAUUAUCACACUAAAUAAUGUAUUAUUUAUUAUAUUAUUUAUGAUAUUCUUCAAAAUAUUUUACAAUAGAAUAUGUGUAUUAUAGUUUUUUGAUAGUUUGUCAUAUUUUUAAUUUCAUGUGUACAAAAAGUUGUUCAAACUUAUAAUUAUAGCAAUAUAUUCUCACCUACUUUAUAUUUUUAAGGUACAAAUAUUUAUAAAUUAUUGAAUAGUGUGUACAAUAAAAUUUAUUAUAAUAAAUA